UUCAAAAGUACCCGCAACCCCAAGCAGCCAUCGCCAGUGCUAGAUCUGGGAAGUUCCUGUGGGCACCGCCGACCGCUAAGACACCGUCCGUGAUGGAUAUGAUGACGCAGACUAUCGGGAUCCCUGCCACGCCGGGAGUCGACCCGCUUGACUUGUUCCGCGACGAGUAUCCUCUACCCAAAGGUUACAGCCAACCGCUGGACGAAUACGACUACAUCAUCGUCGGCGCAGGUUCAGCAGGGUCGGCGCUGGCGUCCCGCCUGUCCGAAGACAAGGAGAAGCCACGACCCAUGGUACUGGUGCUGGAGGCUGGGAAGCCGGAGCGUCUCCUGACUGAGGUGCCCAUGAUGGCGGGGCAGUGGCCAAUCUCUGAGUAUGCGUGGCCGUACCAGGCUGAGCCUCAGCCGGGGAUCUGCACAGCGAGCGAGAACAACCGCUGCUACUGGCCCCGCGGCAAGGCUGUGGGGGGCACUAGUCUCAUCAACUUCAUGAUAUACACCCGCGGUCGGCCGCAGGACUGGGACAGGAUCGCUGCGGAUGGGAACUAUGGCUGGUCAUAUAAUGACGUCUUGCAUUAUUAUAUGAAGGCUGAGAAAGCAGAUCUGAGGAGGCUGCCUAAACACCCUCCAUACCACGGUGAAGAGGGCCCGCUUAACGUCGAGAAUAUGUCUUUCAGAACUGGGCUAGUCGAGGCGUUUUUGGAAGCUGGAAGGCAAAUGGGCUAUCCAACUGUCGACUAUAAUGCACCAGAUGGCUUUGGCUUCGGAUACGUGCAAGCCACUACACACUACGGACACCGUGUCAGCGCCGCUAAAGCCUAUCUUCAUGAUCACAAACGUAGGAGGAACCUGCACAUCCUUCCCACAGCGACCGUCACUAAGAUUCUCAUUGAACCUAACACCAAGAGAGCGUACGGCGUUGAAUACGUCAGGAAUGGAAGAAAAUACACAGUAAGGUGUCGUAGAGAGGUGAUUCUAUCAGCCGGCCCCAUCGCCUCACCUCAACUUCUCAUGCUGUCAGGAGUCGGUCCUAAAGAGCAUUUAGAGUCCCUUGGAAUACCAGUCAUUAAAGACUUGCCCGUAGGAAGGACGUUGUAUGAUCACGUAGCGUUCCCAGGAGUUGUAUUUCCACUAAGCAGGAACAACGCAAGUUUGACGAUUGGAAAAGUUUUACAAGUAAAAAAUCUAUUACAGUGGUUUACAUAUGGCGAAGGGCCACUUUCCAGUAUCGGUUCGAUUGAAGGUAUCGGAUAUAUUAAAACAUCACAGUCGGAUGAUCCUGAGCAAGUGCCUGAUAUUGAACUAAUUUCCAUGGCAGGCUCACUAGCUCUAGAUGAUGGCCUAUUCUUUAGAAGAGCAUGGAAAAUUAAAGACAAAACAUACAAUGAAGUUUUUGCUCCCUUAAAUGGGCGCGACACUUGGUCUGCUGUUCCAAUGCUUUUGCAGCCAAAAUCCAAAGGCUAUUUAGAGCUUCGUGAUACUAAUCCCUUUUCUCAUCCAAAAAUGCACGGUAAUUACUUAAGCGAUCCUAGGGAUUUAGCGACUUUGAGGGAAGCUGUUAAGACGGUGAUCCAAAUAGGGCAAUCAGAGCCUUUUAGGAAGUAUGGUGGACAGUUGCAUCUGGCUUAUUAUUCUCAGUGUAAGAAUGAGGUAGCAGGAUCGGAUGCUUAUUGGGAUUGUGCUAUCAGGACGCUGCUCAUAAGUCUUCACCAUCAGAUAGCGACGUGUCGGAUGGGGCCACCGAAUGACCCCAAUGCGGUGGUGGACCCCGAGUUGCGAGUGUACGGGAUUGACGGGCUGAGGGUGGCAGACUCGGGAGUGAUCCCGCGGCCAACGGCAGCGCACUCCAACGCACCAGCGAUUAUGAUCGGCGAGAAGGCAGCUGAUAUGAUAAAACAGACAUGGUCCAGUGUGGUGCAUUAAAUUAAAUAAAUUUUAAGAUA